GCCUGGCAUUAUUUUAGUGUGCUUCCUAAUAUUCCAGUGUCUCAUGUGCAAGUGGAAUCAGCAGUUGCCAUUUUACAUCAGUCCACUGCUGUGAUCUAGGCUCAGAUCUGGUCUUUGCAUCGUUCUGUUCAUUCGUUAGUGAUCUAAUGUAAUGAUGCUUUAGUGACUUGCCUAGGAGGCAAGAGCUUAAUUACAGUCUUGUAGAUGUGACGUGGGGAACUGCAAUAGGUCACCAAACACAUAAUGUGAGACUGCUGACAAAUUACCAAAUAUCUUACGCUACAUCUAAAAUUGCAAGGAUGAAGUAUUUUGAAAUGGCGUGAAUAGUCCCUCAUUUUUUGUUUGUCUAGACCCAGGGACAUAUUUCAGUAUGCUUCACAUCCCUACCCGUACCACCUGCUGAUCCCUCUGGUGGUAGCCAAGAUGUGCUUUGGUCUGAGCCUGGCACAGGGACAGUUUAGAUGGACCCUUGAGUGUCCAUGCUGGUGCUGGGACCAUGGGGAAUAAUGGGAAUAAAGCCAGAGCUGUAGUAUGCAAAAUGUUGCUGCAAAGUAUUGGAUGGAACAAGCACAUAGAAGGAAGGAAAGACAAGGGCAAAGAAUACUGAAAUGUAUGCCAAAAAUGGGUAUGGUUGCUUUAGAUCUAAAGACAAGCCUGCAUAGUUUUUUCUGGGUUUAAAUUUUGAAAGGGUUAGGGGCCAUAGUAGGAGUCCUGUACCUGAUUAUCACCCAGAACGAGAGUGGGGAGACUUCAUUUGUGCAAAGAGGACACUAUUUAAGAUUUCACUGUGAUUAAUAGACAUAAACUAGUUGAAAAUCUGAAGGUGAAAAGCAAUCAAAAUGAAAUAUAACAGGAGACAGCAGAGUUAAUGAUUCAAAGGAAAGAAAGAGAUUAAAGAAGGAGAAUAACAACAGUGGGCUUCAAAAAAUCAAACUUCAAUGAACUCAAGGAAUUGGCACAUAAAGUUCUAGGGAUGGGAUUCUAAGGCAAAGAGGAGUUCAGAAAUGCUGAGGGUUUCUAAGACCAACCGUAUUUUAAGUAUAACAACAGUCUAUCCUCAUGAAAAGGAAAGAAAACUGAUAGAGCGGUGUGGCUGCAUUAGGGGCUCAUCAACGACCAGAAUAAAAUCAAAGAAUACAGAAAAAUAGUAGGAACAAGAAGGCUGCAUUUGCACGGACAAAUAUAAAAGAACGCCACAGCAGGUUAGGAGCAAACCUGGACAGACAAAAUGCUAUUGCCAGCAAGAGAAAUGCAAAGCAACAAAAAAUGAUUUCUUAAAUAGUUUUCUAUUGUACUCUGCUUACAAGGAGAGGUGAAUAAAUAUCAGAUGGUGUGAAAGUCGGAAGUGCUUGCUUUUUCUCUCCCUGCCCUCUAAACAAUGUGUAUCAUGAUCAAAGUUAACGAGGAAAUGGGAAUGCAGGUCAUAAUGGAAAACCUUCAAGCUAAUUAGAUGUAUUAGAACAUGAAAUCCUGAUUAAAUCUGUUCUGUAAUAAUGAGGAACAAAACUGAAAUAAUCUUGGAAUUAUUUUAUUUUUUAUUAAGGAAGAAUGAGCAAGUUCCCAGGAAAACAAAAAAUAGCAUAUCAAAAGUGAGCAAGAGCACAGGAACGAAUGGAAAUGCAAUAUACAUAGAAUAACUUGGGGAACCAGCCAGGUGAACUUUGAUACUAGAAGAGUUACUAAAAAAGCUGUCUAAAAAUCUACAAUCAUGGAGACUAAUUUAAAAGGCUAACAUGCAUUUGUCCGUAAAGGUCUCCUUUGUCAGGGUAACUGUUCCAAUAGAUAGACAAUACACUGUUUUGUUUUUGUUAGAAUAAAUAAACCCCUUAACAACAGAUCCAUGUGAUCUGAUUAUAUAUUAGGUUGCUAAGAUCCAGAUGAUGGUACUGUGAGGUGCAUACACAACUAGUUAAUAAAUCAUUUCAAAGGGUAAUUACUAGUGUUUGUUAAAUUUUGAAGGUAAAGUGAGUGGGAUGUAGUAGGGAUAGGAGUACCCAUAUGUUAUGAGCAAAAAGUAGGUGCAGAUCACUCAGGGAUGAGGUUCAACUCUCAGUAGGUGAAAGCUUUAGUUUUAUCAAAAGCAUAGAAUUGCCGCAGUGGGAAUCCCAGGGCACCUACGCUGAUCAAAUGGGGACCAGUGGAGCCCAGAAGGGAGUGAAGCUCAAGGGAAAGCACCACAGGGGUGAGUAAUAAAAUCUGAGCUGAUUAACGUAUCACAAAUAUGUAGUGUCCUGUUUUGCUCAUUAGUGAACUCAUGUAAUGCCAGUGGUGGUGUCUGAAUUCAGAGAUCUGCAUCUUGGUGCUCGUGCAGGGGUAUGUGUAGAUGGGGGCAAAAGUGAACUGUCCUGGCUUACCAUCACAAUGAGAUAAGACGUGCUUGUGACUCUAGGCAUUUGGAUGGGAAGAAGUGAAAAAUCCUAGGUUUCCAGAACAACGAGAUGUGCUUGGGACACUGUGUCUGCUGAGGGAGGGAAUCCAUCCUGGGUUACCAUAACAAAGUCUUCUCAUGCCCUACACCUGAUUAUUACAAGUGAGGUCUGGAUCCAGUGGUGUUUGGGAAUUUUACUAAUGAAAUACACGGUGGGAUGGAAAGCACACUGACACAAUAUGCAAGAUUAGAACUCACAAUAAUUGUAAUGACGGUUUAAAUUUAAGCUCUAAGUCUUACAUUUCUAAAGGAUAAAUAUAAAACUAAACUGCAGAACUUCAGAAAAAAACUCAGAGGACUGUAAUGGACACGAACUGAAUAUGGUUCCAUGUGUACAGUUUUCUAAAAGAAACAAAAAAAAUUGGGGGGGAUGACCUGAGGUGUAUCCUCAGAGAGCCAUCUAUGACAGAAGGUAAUUAUUUUGCUCUGUUUGGCACUUCUGAAGCAUCAACAGGAAUAUUUUGCCAUCUAGGCACUGCAUUUAUGAUACAUACAGAAAAAAAUUUCAAAAGAGAAUAGAGGACCAUAACAAAAAUAUGUUUAGAAUGCAUAAACAAAGAUGGAAAAAAUUGGACUUAUGUAGAUAAGAUUAGAUUUAGCAAGACUGUGUGAAAUGUUGCUGUAGAAAGUUGUAGCUAUAGAGUUUUCUCUAUGCUCUAUGAAGCUUAGGUGAAGCAGUAUUACUUAAAGGUGAUUCUGUUUCAGUUUUUACAUUGGGAAGCUUCAUGUGGAGCACUGGAAUAAGUUACUGAUCUGUAACACACUUAAAGGAUCCCCUUUCCUGUAAAUUUGUAACAGCGGUUCGAAUAAAACUGUCAAGCACCCAGGCCCACUUGGUCCCAUCCUUGGAAAAGGAGAGGGACUCGACAGUGAUCUUCAGUCCCUCUGUGUUCUCCAUACAAUAGAUUGGACGGAAACUCAAAUAGUUACCUGUAAUCAGGGAAUGAUAUUAAUUAGGUUAUUAAUUUCGUUGUAUUCCAGUCACUAUAAUUUUCGAGGUUUUAUUUACAUUUUUCCACUGAUACAUAGCAAAAGAGUAGAUGCUGCCAGGGUGUGCAUUACUUGAACUUCCAGAAAAGUCAUCCUGAAUUUACGUUACAUACAUAUGCUAAUGCAGAGGAAAAGAGCCAUCGUUCUAAAAGCAGCAGAGGGGUAAAAGCCCACCGUACACAUCUCUGUGUUGAGGCAGGGUGGACAGCAGGUCCUGCCAGCUGUCUUAGCUGCCCAGAACUGGGUAUUAUAAAUAGCUGAAGGUAUUUAAAAGACCAGUGGAUGUGGCAGUGAGGGACAUGGUUUAGUGGCGGACUUGGCGGUGUUAUGUUUGUGGUUGAAUUUGGUGAUCUUAAAGGUCUUUUCCAACCUAAAUGAUUCUCUGAUUCUGUCACUGCCUCAGCUAAACUUCUGCAACCUUUUCCCUUCUUUUGUUGAGCAGUUUCCUGGAUGUGAUGUCUCGGUACAACCAGGAGAUGGCAGAAGAGACCCUCGCAGCCUUUUAGCUGUGCGUGUCCCACGAUCAGCAAAGGUACCGGGGAAACAGAAAGGCCUUCCGCGCCUCUGCCUGAAAUCUGCCCAUUAGAAACAAGUGAACGCGAAAUGGCAGAGGCUUUUUAUAUUCCUUUUCUUUCCAAAACGAACAUAUGUUUACAUUCAGCUGCUUCCUUUAAUCUUUCAGAGAAACGCCUGGACAAAUGACUUCAUAAUUUUAAAUCUUCGUUACCUUCUGUUGAUGUGUAAUGCACUGAUUUGUGUGAAACCUCCCUCAGGAAGGACCCGGCAUUGCUGGGAGGAAACAUAGACGUUGAAUUACCCAUUGCAAGAACAGUGUCUUACUGAAAUGUAUUCUUAUCCUCACCUGCUGUACCCCAGCUCUUCCCUUAUCACCAAACUGAGAGGGGAUGUCAGCGUAUACCUACACUCCCUGUUUUGGGGUGCGGGGAAGGCAGGCAGACAGGGUCGUUUGUGCUCUGUUGCUACAGGUCUGCAUCCUGCCAAAGUCAUUCUCGUCCUCAGCUAAGAGUGACACUUGCGGGGUAUUUGAUGGAAGUGAUGGGAAGAAGAAAAUAGGAAGAAACAGUGUAUAGUGAGGAAUACAGAAGAAAGGAAGAAAUAACUAGAACCUGAAAUGGAGAAGAGCCUUGAAGGGGAUAAUCUCUCUGCAAAAUAUUUAUCUUUUUAAAACAUUUCACUGAUUCUGCUUAGCUGCUGGCAACAGCCUUAUGAACCUUCUCCAAACCCCUCGCCCUGUGCCUGGUGCUUAUAACCUUAUGCUACAGUCUCAGCAGAACGCAAUGAGUGAGUUUGUCCACUUGGUUGCCUCAGCCUAGAGAGGAGCAGGCUUGGGAAGUCCUGUUCCGCACGAAAAUAAAUUUGAAACAAAACAAAACAAAACCCCUUGUAGAGAAAGCGGGAUGGGGAGCAGCAGCCUCCCGGGAUGCUGGACCCGGUGCGCUCCCCCGGGGCUGCAUUCCCCAGCGCCCUUUGAGGCCCCUUCAGCUCUAUAAAUGCCAUUUGCAUCGGGAUAGGAUGUAACAAGAGCUGUAAAUCACUGACGGCGGAAUGAACUCCUCCUCGGGCAGACACGACGGAGCCGAACCUCCCCGAGCUGUGGCGAUGUGUGAACGGAGAAGCCGUGCUCCCAGACACCCUCCUUCCCGGCAUCUCUGACACACGGCACAAUGACCAAGGCCCCUUUCUCUGUGGAGUGGUUGUCCCAGAGCAGCCAGGCCCUCAGGAGCCCCGCCGAGGCCUCCCCGCACCGAGCAUCCUCCGCGGACCCCCGCUCCGGCUUGAGCGAAGGGAGCACGGAGCAGCCCGCCGGCUCGCGGGCCGGGGGGGGAGGCGGCAGCAAGGACGGCUCGGCGGAGCGCCCCGCCGCAGGAGCAGAGCAGCCCCCGCCGGAGGGCACCGCGGAGUGCUCGGUCCCCGAGGAGCCCGGCGGCAGGGGCGGGCGGCGGCUGCGCACGGCCUUCAGUGCGGAGCAGCUCAGCACCCUGGAGAGCUCCUUCCAGAGGCAGCAGUACCUGGGCGCGGCCGAGCGCCGCCGGCUGGCGGGCAGGAUGCGGCUCUCGGAGGUGCAGAUCAAGACCUGGUUUCAGAACCGCCGGAUGAAGCUCAAACGGCAGCUGCAGGAGCUGAGGACGGAGCCCUUCUGCAGCCCCCCUCUCCCUUAUGGACCUCAGGGCGCUGUUCUGCCGUUGCCGCUCACGUACGUGGCCCAGGCACCGCCCCUGCCCCAGCCCGGGGCCGCCUCGAGGAGCUUCGCCUUGGCCGCUCUGCCGGCACCUGCCCUGGACCUCAGCAGCGCCUGCAGAGCGGAGCCCGUGGGCUUUUGGGCGGCACCCUACUUCGCAGGGUACAGGGAUCCCAGAGCCUUCUUGCUGGGGGUCUGACCCUCUGACACGGACUAUGACUGAGGAAGAUUUGCACUACUGAUGGCUGUCUGGGCUGCCCUUGGCUGGAUCUGCCUGGUGGAGUUACGAUGCAGCACGGAGCAAAAACAGAGGCAUAAGGACAAUCUGAAUCGUGGGCAUCGGGCCCCUGCGUUUGUAGGGAACUGUGUAAAACAAAACAAACAAAAACCAGUGAGGUAAAUACUAAUAUAAUUGGAAUAUUUUAAUAAACCUGAACUUUUUCCAGCUUUCCUGUGAAUUCCUUCCACAAGUAUUGUAGAGCUAUUUAUCGUGCCCUAAAAGAGAGCUCCUCUUCAUUAAAGGAGGCAUAGACGACUCCUGCUCUAGAUCUGUUCUCGCCCCUGCAAUUUGCUGAAGGUGAGUGCAAAACUAAUCAUGGAUUUCCUCUCAAGCCGGAAUCCAAUCCCUUCAGCCAUGUCCUAGGUGGCACUUUCUCUGAUGGGGCUGUGCUUUUAACCAACUUUGUGGACACAUGUAUCUUAACUGUUUUCAUGCGCAGCCUCAGUAGAUUAGCAAGGGGCUCCUGCCUAAAGAGACCUGGGAGGAGACUUCUUGUCUAAAGAGAUCAAGCCUUGAAAUUUCUUAUCAAAAAAACAGUAUCUUGCAUCCAUCUCGCAUGCACCUAGUGGGGUAUGAGGGUAAUGCUCGAAAGAAAUGCAGCGUUCCAAAGCUGGUUUUCCCGAGGUGGUAGUAAAUUUUGUUACCAUUCUGCUGUGCACUUUUAAAAUUUGAAUAAUGCUCUAGAAAAUUUUAAGCUCAAUAUGGCCUGAAUUCAGGCUAGAGAAAGGGCUCUGGGAGAUAAACCUUGACUGAUGUAAGUUGUCAUAAAUCUUUCAAAGGCAACUGUCAAGUAACAUGAAAAGAGCAGUAAAGAUUUCCAUCACUUUAGAGCUGAUCUCGGAGGUUAUAGGGGUUAUUAAAAUAUUUCCUGCGCAUUUGUAACCUGGGCUCACGUAAUGAAUGAUCCGAAGGUUCUGUGUCAGUCACCCUUGAACACACCCAUUUAUUUUCUUUUCUAUGCAGGGGACAGUAUGCCACUUGAGUACACUUACCGGUUAAAAAGCAACAUUAGGCGCCUCUGAAGGCUAUGGCCUUUUUUCUGAGUGGCUGUCACUUUUGGAAGUCUUGCUAAUUAUUUUGUAAUCCAGGCUAUAUUUUUUUAGCUUUUUGAGGCAUUAGUAUUUGUUCGCAAUUGCACAAUUAAUGUGUGUUUAAUGCAAGAGUUUUAGAACACAAAUAAGGGCUCAGGUGCUAUCAGUAUCGCUGAGAUUGUUUCAGAAAUAUGGUGUAGUUCGGGAUUAAGGAAAUUUGUUGACACGAAAUAAAAAUUCCCACUGCAUGGAGGCUUGUUUCUCAAAGUCAGAUAUUACUAAAAUUUUUAUUGUUAAAAAAAAAAAUCCUCAUUUCACUGCUCUUUCAAAUGCCAUCAGGGAAGUGGGAUGUUUCCAAAACGAGCUCUGCAGCGCUAAAUAUUUUCUGUGCUCGCAAGCAGUGACAUUUUUUAAAUGGCAAAACAGCAACGGUCAAAAAGCCCAAAACUUACUCUCGAAACUCGAUUUGGCUAUCCCAUUUCCAAGAUCUCCUUAUAGUCUUGUACGGCCACAGAGGAUCCCACCUCUCCAAAAACUUUGUUUACCCAGGAAUAGGAACAGUGCUAUUAUAUUAUUAUUACCUCGUGCUAUUAUAGGCCCAAACCGGCAGUAUUGGAGCCUGUGGAGAAGGGGGGACACAACCCCCCGAGGGCUGCCCCCAGCGCUGCGGGAGCGCCCCAGUCCCGCACCAAAUGCGGAGCGAAGGGAGAAAGGGAAGCGCGGACGGGCCCCAUCGCAGCUGGGCCCAGCGGAAACGAGAGAUCAAAGGCCUGGGGAGAGAGAGGGAGAACAAAGUGCUGCCACCCGCGGAGGGGAGAUGCUUCCCUGGGGACGGGGUUUGUGCGGGAGCAGUGUUCUCCUCCCACAGGGAGAGUUGUAAGGGAGAGGCAAGAGAACACCUUGUCGGGGUCUCCAAAUCUUCGGGGGGGUCUGUCUGUCCCGCGCUCCCCCGGAUCCGCCGCCCCGUCCGCGCAGCCGAGCUGAGCCGCGCGGUGCGGUGGGACGGGAGGGCACAGGGCCGGCCCGGCGCUGCCUCCGUCCCGCGGCAAAGCCCUGGAGCGAGCCAGAGGCAACGGGAGCUGCCGGGACAACGCACAGUGCUGCAGCCUUUGCACAAGCUAAGCCCGCGGGGGCUGCGGGGACCACAUUAGGACGAGCGGGGCCGAGGGGUCCUGUAGCCUUAAGGCAGGCGAGUUUCAUUCUAGGACCGCGAGGUUGCUCGGGGUGCCCUCCCUUAAGCCCAUGAGCUGCGGAACCGCUGGCGAGGGAGAAGUCAGGCUCUGUUUAAAAAGGUGCUAAUGAUCACUUAACAUAAUGAGUCCUUGGUCACUGUAUGCUCAACAAGCACACGAAAUAUCUUUCCAGUGUUUUAGCAACGCUGCCUUGUAAAUAUUGCCGCGUCUCCCGACAAUUUCUCGCAUAAAGGCGAGCGGCGAUGCUCUCUUGGCUGAAUUCCCGAUAGCAGCGGAUUCCUCCGAAUACCUACAUGAUCGUUCCUCUUCCACGUGCAAAGCCGCCGUUCUAUAGAAGGUACCUACCACAUUCCAAUGGCCUAGGAAACUAUGUGAAAUAAUUUCUUUUUUUUUGCUGAAGCGGUACAAUUCUGUUACUAAAACGUUGUUGUAAACUCUCCCUUUGAUCUGGGAGAAAGAAACUUAAACAGUCCUUCAUGUUUUACUCCUGCUAGGGCACAUUUCUUAUCCGCUGCCCUUUAUCUCGGGCUGCAAUAAAGGUACACCGGUGCAGGACUCCCGCACCCCGGCGGUGCCUCGCUGAGAGGCAAAGCGACCGUGCCCCGUCCCCGCAGCCGCUGCUGAGAGCCCCCUUCGCUCCCAGCGCCCCCCUUUGUGUCUUUAAUCACAUCGCAAUAACCAUCAGUACCGGAAUGCUCUCCGGCAAGACAAAGCGAGGUCUGCAAGUCAGCUAUAAAUGGCAAAAGCUGAGCUGAUUAGCCGGGGAGGAGCAGUUCGGUGCUUGUGCGGUGAAGCUGCUGGAGCUCCGGGCCUGGCGGCUUUCGAGGAAGAGGCUGUAUAACCUGGAAACUGGGCUCCCCGGGGAGAGAAAGGAGGUGGGAGGGGAAAAGUGCCAGAGUACUAACUUCAAAGCCUUUCUCCCCUGCAGUGUGUGCGCGGAGGGGGAGAAACAUGAUUGAAUUAGCGCAGCGGUAAUGGCCGGGAGCCGCCUGCAGCCCGCGCUCGUUAGCGCCUGUCCCAAUUUGGCCAGGGCAGCCAACGGGGGACUGGGAAUAGGGUCGGGGUAUUCCCCCCCUGCAGCUCCCAGACACCGUGGAGCCACUCCAGGGACCUCUUUACA